CCGUCCUUCUCGGCUUUUUCGUCGCCGUCAAUCGGUCAUCAUGGAUCAGCUGGCUGUUGUGCGUGAGCUGCAUCGCAAGCGGUACGAACUGCGGAUGCAGAGCUCACAGGACGCCAUCGACGACAGUUCCGACGUACCUGACGACUCCCCGCCGCGUUCCAAGACCGCAUUCGACGCAACAACGCCACUGGUGGACGAGCGGACGGAAUCCGGCGGCAAGUCGAAGGGAAUAGAUGUGGAUGAGCACAACGUGGCUGGUGGAGAGCAAGCAGGGCAGGAGAAUGUCCCUGCUGUUCCUGCUGGUGUCGGCGAUUCGUAUGACACUGGUGACCUGAGGCGAGCCGAUGAGGUCUACCAGGAGCGGCUCAUCGACAGUGGCUCCUACGAUAGACAUCACAAGUGGGUGGGUGAGGGCGACAAAACAAUCUUGGCAUCCGUGUGGUUCUUAUUGCACGGUCUUUUGUUCCCUCCGUCGUCUUAUCCUUGCAGGCAGGAUGUCACGGUGAUGGUCGACGGCAGAUGGGAGCUGCGCUUCGCUCCCCGCUGCCGGCUCCAUCACCUGCUGGAGGCCAUCAUCACCCGCGCACAGCAAGAGGACUUCCCCUACCCCUACUCGCUGCUGCUGCACCACCUGGAUCGCUUCACCCGCUCCCAUCGCGAGCACGAGGGCGAGCCGCUGUCGCUGAGUGUGUGCGUCAAGACGAAAAGCAAGACGGAGGUGCUGCUCAACGACUACAACACGAUGGGGGCACUGCCGACCAUCAGAGGGGUGGUGCACAUCGUGUGCCGGCCAGCUGAGGGAGUAGAGGAGACUGGAGGGGCUGUAGAUGCAGGUGCGGUGCUGUAGAUCAGACAAGACAAGCACUCAAUGAGUGUGUGCAUGGCCAUGUCCUUCAUCUGUGUGGCUGUGUGUAUCAGGCAAGGCCAAGCAGAUGACGCCCAAGCCUGCCGAGCGACACAUCAUGGCCCAGACCGCGGAGGACAGUGCAGCAGCAGCUGCUGCUGCUGUUCCUCUUGCCAAGCAGCCUGUUGAUGUUGCCAAGGUGGGAGGUGCUGCCAGCGGCCCCGCUGCUGCCAUCCCUCUCAAGGGCGCUCCGCUGCCUGUGCGCGAGACCGCCGAGCCUCAACACAUCAUGCAUAAGAGUGAGCACAUUCAUUCACGCAUACAUGGGUGGGUGUGGGAGCGCAUCGUUCACCUGUGCGGUCCUCCUCCUUGUUGUGGCUGUUCAGGCCCGUCGCCCCCUUCGUUGUCGCCUCCCCAGCCCCCCCACCAGCGCCCCUUCCGCCCCGCCAUGCCCCUGUACGCACCAGCACCGGCCAUGAUGCCCGGCGUGGGCCACUAUCCUCCUGCUGCGGCGGCGGCCCGCCCGCCUGCAGCCAGUGGGUUUGUCUACGCGCCUGCGCCGUACCCCAUGCGGCCGCCCUAUGGCUACCCGCAUCACCAGCACCACUACCAGCACGGACAUUGGCGGGGGUAGAGAGGGGGACGAUAAGGGGCGCUGGGUGGGGGGGUGGGUGGACUACUCGACUGGUCGACUGGUUGAGAGAUUGAUUUGACAGCUUCUGAUGUAGGUGGGGGGCAGAUGGAGCAGUGGAUGGCAUGAAGGUGUGUGUGGACGGUUUUCUUCUGUGUGAAGACGUGGUGGUCGUCAAUGUUCAUGUGGACUCGAUGGAUG